UCUGUGUUUGCUCUCUCUUUCUCUUAUGUCAAAAAAAUUGAUUGGGGGACGCGCGAAUCGCUUUUGAUGACGUCUCGGAAUAUUUUGUGAAUGAUUGACAUGUGGACUGACAAGUACCCUCCGAUUGGGCGCCAGCCUACCGUGUCUCCCAUCCCAACGCGACCUUUUCCCUACAGUGAGGAAAGGACACGUGUAUGUGAGUGGGACGCACGAGAAGCCGUCGCACAAAUCGGCAGGCACUGUUACUUCCCUCCGGCCGAUCGUUGUUCGGGGUUCGUAGACGCCGGAUUUGUCAUUAUCAAUACGCACUUUCCACCCUACUCGAUAUUGUUGCCGUUUAACGAGCCGAUCGUCAUUCCGUGGACGGCAGUGGCGCCCCAUUGGCCCCGCACUCUGUGCACGAAGUGCCAACGCUUCGAUCGCUACGAAGCGAAGGGCUUCCACUACCGAAUACGAAGUGAGGAUGAGCAUAAGGAAAGAGCCACUCGACUGAGACCAUCCACGUCGGACUCGGAACUGACCAGCGAACGACGACGAGAUCUGAUACGAAAACGAGACACGCGAAGCCAUACAUCACCAAGAGGUGACACUGUGGAAGUCUCAUCAUCUGGCCACGUGUUCUGCUUUGUUUCACAAUCACAUUACUUACGAAAGACCUCAAGCAAGGGUGCAGAACCUGAACCAGGGAAAUAUGUCGUUCCUUCUGUUUCACCCGGUGCAGAGAACGCGCCUCCUGCAGCAGAAAGUGGAACUACAAAUGGAACUGGGUCUGCAACUGAGACCGGUGGCAAUCAGAAGAAAGAUGACGAGCCGACUGAGGGAAAGGGGAAGAAAGAGCAGUCUGAAGAAGGUCCUGGAAAAGGGGGUGGCAAGAGACCACGCAGCAGGGGUGGAAAACGUAAGGAGGAGAAGGGGGAGAAAGGUGAUGGGAAUGAGGGAACAAAGGGAGGAAAAGCCGCAGCAAAGGGAGAAGGGGUGGAUGGUUCCCAGGCUCAAGCAGCAGAAAAGAAACCCGUCGAUGGUGUUCCCGACACGGAACAAAGUAAUAAACCAAGUGGUGCAGAAGAACAACCAAAGGGGAUCCAGACACAGAAAUCCAUCGUUCCAGAGGAGCGGAUACUCCUUGAGACAUGGAAAGGAGAUCAGGAGGUUGGGCGAUGCAUUUUACCGUUUGGCUCCGUCAUCAGAUACUUCGAAAAUGGGGGCAUUCAGAUUCUCUUCAGCAAUGGAGACAUAUCUGAUCGCCAGCCUGACUCGGCUGAUGGGAACGGAUUGGCAUGGGUUACAACGAAUCGUGCAGGUUUUCGAUUUGCUAAGCAUGACCCAUUACCCCCAAAGCCUCCAUCUCCACCUCCGCCACCGCCAGUAGAUCCAGAAGGGAUGGGGAAUGAGGAGCGAGGUGGUAUGACUUCGCGUGGACGUAAAGGUUCCUCGAAAGUGAGGUCAUUCUCAAACAAGGGGAAAAAAUCAGACGGACAGAAGACGCCGAGAACACCCAGAAAGGGUGAGGGUGACAAGGAUGCGAGAUCCCCAAGAACCCCCAGAAAGGGCGCCCGGGAUGACAAGGGGAGCUUAAAAGGGGAAAGGAGUGGCAGAGGUGGAGCUGCAACUCCACCUUCAAGGUCCGGCAGACGUGGCAGGAAGACACCAGUAGCAUCAUUGGAGGAUACAGCACCAGUGGAGGAAGUGACGGUAAUCCCUCCCCCUCCUACAAGGCCUCCGAGUCCCCCAAGACCGAGAUUCCGACAUGUACCGAAGCUCCGUGGAGUCGAAGUAAUCGAUCCUGAGACUGGAGUGAAGGUGAUGACAAGGGAGGAUUUGAUUAUGGAACUAAGAUCAAAGGAUGGGAUGAAAAGGCUAGUAGCCCAUGCAGAUGGGACGAGAAUCACGUCCAUAAUUGGAAGAGGCGACAGAGAAAAUGCGGACAUAGGAGAAGAAAUCAACCCAGUCAAGGCCACUGCAAAUGCAGACAGCAGCAGUUCUCCCUUGCCUGCGAUGCUUGACCCCGAUGCUAGAGCCUCCCCUUCUCUUGUGGAUACAGCUGUGCCUGCACAACCUGAAGGGGUUCCGGUGAGGAAGUCAUCACGGAUGACAGAGUCCUCCAAGGGUGUCAAGAAAGGGGAGGUAGCAGAAGAAUCCGGCAGGGUCAACGCAACAUCUUUGCCGACUUCACCAGGCUCCUCAGCUGUUCCAGCCAACUCUAACAACCCAGCGUUAGCCUCCAGUUCAAACUCAGAGCAACCUUCAGGGGCAAACCCAAACCUCUCCACACAACCCUCCGCUGCAAACGCAAACUCCUCCCCCACACAAGCUGUUGAAUCUCCACCUAUACCUUCACCACCUCCACCCCGAGAUCCGACAGGGCCCUCGGAAUGGAGUUCCGCUGCAUGGAUCAUGCAGAAGGAAGGUCUACCAACUGUCAGAGGCAAGGCACUUGAGGGUGUGGUGGUCGACCUAAUGAACGGGAAGUAUCGCGUCAUGUGGCAUGAAACGACGAAAGUCAUACGGCUCAUGUUUCCGGACAAGGCAAUGCUUGUAUGCAUGGGCACACGUGCAGGCUAUAUAUCCGGUAAUGUCCAGAGAGAGGAUGAUGAAACCGAGAGGAUUGCACUUGCAGCCUUGAGUGUGACAACAGUAAGGAGCCAAACAAACACCUUGAACGCCACUGCACGCUCUGAUGGGAAUCGUGACUCUACAGGCGGGAUAAGAAGAAACAGCUUCACUGACAGGGAGGGCUCUCUGAACACAGGCGGAGUCUAUGUUUUUGACCUGGUAAGUUGGAUUCUGUUUAAAUUCAUAAAUUAUUCUGUUCUCCUGAUUGCAUCACGAUUUGAGCUCAUGAGCUGUCUGUAAACAAUCGCAUGUGUGUACCCUUCAGCCACAUGGAG